CGAACUGGAAUAUAUUGUACACGAUUUAGCUCUGUGUUGACAGUGUACAACAUUUCAUAUGAUUUUACAUCGUCGUUGGACCCCGCGGGCACUGCGUCCGCUAAGCUAGCAAGAGGAGGAAAGUGCUUUUUGAAAACAUCUGUAAAAACCGCUGGGGCCGAGUGGCAAUUCUGCGGCUGUGGGAGCGAGCGAAGGGCGGUCUCCUCGUUCAAGGCUGUCGGCAGCGAUGAAGAGCCAACAGAAGAGCCCCGAACCGGAUGGGACAGUUACCAUCAACGAGGAAGGAUCUGUCGUCGCCACUGCGGAGGACCCGGCAGCUAUUGCCACCAUCCAGUCGGCAGCCACCUUCACCGACCAGCCCAUCAAGUAUCUGUUCAAGACGGAAGGAGCAGGCGGCCAGGUGACCUACAGAGUGAUCCAGGUGUCCGAUGGCCAGUUGGAGGCUCAGACGGAUGGAGCUGCAGCGGUUAGCUUGGUCACCGGUUUCCCUGCAACCAGUCAGACUGUCACACAGGCUGUGUUCUCCCAGUCGGAGGGGUUGGAGGGGGACGGCAGCCCUGAGACGCAGUACACCUACUACCCCGCCACCAUCGCAGACGCCACGACUGGCACCAUGGUGACCACAGUGCAGGCCUCUGACACACUGCUGGGCCAGACGACACCCACGGGGCAGCUGUAUGUGAUGAUGUCACCCCAGGAAGUUUUGACGGGCUCCAAUCAAAGGACAAUCGCGCCUCGCACUCAGCCAUACAUAGCGAAGCAGGAAGCUCCUCGGGGUUCCAGAGAUGACAAGCGGCGAGCCCAACACAACGAAGUUGAGCGCCGGCGGCGAGACAAGAUCAACAACUGGAUUGUGCAGCUGUCGAAGGCCAUCCCAGACUGUAAUGUUGACUACACCAAGACGGGACAGAGUAAAGGAGGGAUCUUGUCCAAAGCCUGUGAUUACAUCAAGGAGCUCAGACAGAGCAACCUGAAGCUGGGGGAAGACACCGGCACUCUCGACCGCCUCCGGGUCGACAACCAGCUGCUCAGACAGGAGGUGGAAGACUGGAAGUCCAAGAAUCAGAUCCUGAGGAACCUGCUGCGGCAGCACGGCAUCGCGGGUUCCUCCAGCGCCGAACCCCAGUGAGAAGCCAAUGUCGCCGAUGUUGGGUCUGAAGAGAACCGUGUAUGGGCCAAAAGAGUACUUGAAACACUUUGAGAUACCUUAUUUGUGAUCGUGGGUGCAUGUCAUAGGGGGGGAUCAAAUUGAAUAUUGUCAUUAAUACUCAAACCCAGCAUCUUUGCAAAAUGACAACCUUAAAUAUCUUUUGAAGCUUUUUUUUUACAAAAUUGAAAAAUCCUUUGCCUGGUGUAUCAGGAUAAUAACAGGAUGUAUCUGAAAAGAGAUGGGGGGGAUCAAGCUCAGUUUGAGGAGUCAAAUCAGUAUAGUAAAGCCCUCGUUGACUGCCUUCCUCCUCGAACAUUAUGAUUGUCCAUGAGCCUCCAGGACAGUAAGCUCUACAACGCCACCAACUUCUCACAGCAGUUCCUCUCUCUUCACCUCCGCAGCACCGUGCUUCUCCUUAUCAAAUGCACUUGAGUUGACGUCGCCGAAAAACAUUGUAUUCAUGCUUUGACUUGCUUUUCAUCUUCUUUUUUUUAUCAAUAUCAACUUUGACCAGUUAAUAUCAAGUUUUUCAUUCAGUUCAUAAUUGAGCUCUUUUUUCUUCUUCUUUUUUUUGCUUUGUAUUUUUGUAUAUUGUUUUAUGAAAACCUCACUGUGGACAAUAAUUACAUUGCAACAAUGUAACCAAGUGAAUAAACCAGGGUUGCAAGCAUUGCAGUAGGUUGGCUAUGUAUUUUUUUGCAAUCAAGUAAUAAAAAAAAUAUCCAAUAAUAUACUGUCCGUCAUAAACCAUUUUAAGUUUUGUUUAUUAAAGUUGGUAAAUUAGUUAAAAA